AUGGUGUUUGGAAUCUACCGCCACAAUUCAUUGAGGGUGCAGUGCUUCCCUCAGCAGGCGCAACAGCGGCACGAUUGCACGCUGCACGAGAUGGACGCGCACAACGUGGCGCUGCAGCUCCGAACCCUGGAGGGCAACAUGUGGCUGCAUGUGUCGUGGCAUCCCAAGGGCGCAAGGUGCCACGUGGGUGGGGACGUGCCUAGGGAGAAGGAACAAAAGGCGUACACCUUCUCGCAAACGCUGCGGUCGCAGAUUUGGGGGCUCAACAUAGUCUCGGUGGGGCUCGCGCGGCCGAUGGAGCGCGUGGUGCGGCUCGACCUCGCUCCGAGGCUGGACACCCCCUCGACCUUCCGCCUCUACGUCGAGAUCAUGGCCAGCCGCAGCAACGUCGUGCUGGUCGCCGUGGACGAAGCGAGCGGGUCGGAGACGAUAGCCGCGUGCGCCUACCAGGUCAGCCCGAGCAAAUCGGUGCGGCCGCUCUCGACAGGCCAGGCCUACGAGCUUCCCCCGGCCAUGACGGCGCGGCGGCGCCCCCGCCCGGAGGAGCCGUUCGAAGAUUUCGUCGAGGCGGUCGGCAGGGUCCCCACGCAGCAGCUCAAGAAGGCCCUCGUGGCCGUGUACCAGGGCCUCAGCCCCAUGCUGGUCACCGUCAUGGCCUCUCGCGUCCCGGGGCUAACGGCGGCGACCAAGGUCGGGGAGGUGUCCCCUGAGCAGUGGAGCGCGCUUUUCGACGGUCCCUGGAAGCGGUGGUUAAGGGUCAUCGGGGACGGGGGGGACGCUGCCGCUGGCGCGGCGGCGGUGGCAGAUGGUGCUGGGGCGGGUGGCGACGCGGCGUCGAACGUGCCGACGAAGCCGUGGAUUUCGGAGGACGGUGCGUCCUACUACCCCACCACGCUUGGAGAAGGAGAGGGAGACGACGACGGGGCUGCCGAUGUUGCUGCGGCAGGACAGGGCGGCAGGAGCAAGGUGUUUAGCCUGGCCAGGCUCGAGAAGAUCAUGGAGAAGUACUACCGGGGCACCCAGAGCAACGAGGAGUUCGACGGCCUCAAGCGGAGGUGCCUCUCGAGGGUGACGGCGACGCUGGCCAAGCUCAGGGAGCGCGCGGCGGAGUUCGAAGACCAGCAGGCGGCUGCGCAAGAGGACAAGGUGUCCGAGCUGAACCGGCGAGGGGAUCUGCUGAUGACGUACGGGUACGACUGGGAGUACGGGCAGACGCACGUGCACUGCGAAGACUUCGACACCGGGGAGCCUGUGUCCAUCGAGAUACCCCGAGACAAGACCCCCAUAGACGUGGCGCAGGAGGCCUUCAAGCUCGGCAAGAAGCUCAAGCGGAGCGCGGCUGUCGUCAAAGAGCUUCUGGACCGGGCGAACGCUCAGAUCUUGUACGCCGAAGGGAUCGAGAUGGCGCUGGAGCAGCUUCGCGGCGGAAACCCAGGGACAGCGUCUUCUCGAGAGGAGCUGUCGGUGUUGAGGGGCGUCGCCGAAGAACUGGGGAUUCUCGGGGGUGCCGACGCCGCGCGGAGCUUCGCUUCCGCGUUCGGGGUGAAACAGGUCCAGUCCGGCGGAACAACCAAUGACGGUUCGGGAAAGCGCGGGGGCAACAGGAAGGGUAACAGGAAGGGCGCGGCCGGGGGCAAGAAGGGCAAGGGCGGAGGCGGUGGCAGGGGGGGGGGUGGCAAGAAAGAGGCCCCGACCGCCGGUCUCCUCGAGCUGCGCCGGGAGCCCGGGGCGCCGGCGGUCCUCGUCGGGAGGAAUAACCAGCAGAACGAGCGAAUCACGUUUUCGCUGGCGAGGGGCCAUGAGCUGUGGCUGCACGCAAGAGGCGUGGCGGGAGCGCACGUGCUGCUGAGGCUGGACCCCGGGCAAGAGGUGGAGGACGAUGACCUAGCCUUCGCCGCGGAUGUCGCUGCUUUCUUCUCCAAAGCUCGACAGUCAGCAAGCACCCCCGUAGACUACAUUUCGCCGAAGAUGGUAAAGAAGCUGGGGGGAGGCGGGCCGGGCAUGGUCAAGUUCGACGGCGCGAAGGUGGUCCGGGGAGAGCCUGGCAGGCGCAUAUUUGCUUUGGUUCGUGCUAGGUGA